CAUUAGAUCUGGCAUCCCUGGUCUCAUAUCCCGCCGGCAUCUUGUCAUUAUAGGUAUUUUUCAUUAAAGCAUUUUCGUCACAAUUUAAAUGGUCGAGACUGCGUGGAAAUUGUUUCGGGCAAUCCAAAAAUAGUGGUAAUGGAUUCUUGGUGCCGAAUUUGUUCGCGGAGCGACGAUUUUCGUCGUUUUCCGUUAUUUGCUGUUGCCGAAGUGAGCCAAGAAGUUAUCGCCAACAUGAUCACAAGCUGCACGGAUACUCAUGUAUCUGGCGAAGAUGGAUUGCCGCAACAAAUUUGCCCAGACUGUUUGAUUACACUAAGUUUAGCGUAUUCAUUUCGACGGCUGUGUCGGCGAUCCGAUGCCAAAUUUCGGGAAUGUUUUCGUGAGAGAACACCUUCACAGACGGCUGAUCACCAGCAACAGCAACUUUCACAAAUGUCACAGUCACACGACGACAGUACAUAUGAAAAUAUUACUGCAAUCAAGGAGGAGGUAGAAUUCUACGAUUAUGAAUGUGAAGCCCCACCGCAAGAAAAUCAGUGGGUUAUUCAGAAUCCAAGAACUAUCCGAGAAGGUGCUAUGACAGUAGUGCACAAUUCGGGUCAAUAUUACGAUCAAGUUGACGAGCGUAGCUGUCAAGAAUCACAGAUGAGCACAGUCACAUCGAUGGUCAACCUUGACCAGACUCCAGAGCUGGGAGAAUCAUCAAAUUUUCACAAAAAUGAAAAGUUGAAAAAGAAACUGCCCCUCGAGCCCGAACGAUUCAGUAAGCGCAUUCGUCAGGAAAACCCUAUUCAAAAUAAUUCAACCACAGGAGCGAACUACUUGCCGAGCAGUGAUAGUGGACAUCAGAGGACUGAAGAACGCUGUGAAUAUUGCAAGAAAAAAAUGAAGAAAUCCUACAAACACCGAAACGGAAAAUGUCUAAUUCUGAAAAGUAAGAAUCCUUCCAAACCUCGCUGCGUCUAUUGUCAUAUGACGUUCGUUCGUAGCACAAGCAUUCCCAAUCACUUGCGGAAUACCUGCCGGGUCUACCGAGAGCUCUGUAAAACAACAGCCAUCGAUGAUUCAGAGAUACACGAGAAAGACAAUUUGCCGGUCGCAUCCACCAACGAUGAAAUAAUAUCGACACGCGUUGUUUCAGUGGAAUCUGCUUCUCGAGAAACAAAGUUUGAACAGAAAACAACUGCGAAGGAAACAGAUACUCGAAGCACAUGUGAGUACUGCGAACAAACUUUCGCGAAACGUGGUAAUCUGAUUAAACACCAACGAGAACGAUGUAAAGUUCUUCGCAAGAUGAGUUACCGGCUGAAGAAGCAAUGUAUCGAACGUACCAUUUCAACUGGCGUUGGACGCGGCAUUCAACAGACACCACCCCCUACUUCGAACCUUCAACAGCAGCCACUACAAGAACGUAAAUCACCAAAUGUUCCAUGUGCCAUUAGUGAGAAUCCGUCGGAAAAGCCAUCUGAAGAGGAGGAGACUAAAUGUGUGUACUGUACGCAAAUGAUGAAUAAGAAAUCUCGUUUCCUACACCAUAACGGUCGUUGUGUACUAGGAAGAGCUAAUGCAGAACAUCCUUGCCCGUACUGUCCGAUGGCAUUUUCCUCGCGUAGUAAUCUAUUGCGGCAUCAACGGGAACGAUGUCACCAAUAUCGUCAAGAACAGUCGGUCGACGACGUCCAACCUGUUGCCGAGCAAAAGAUGGUCCCUCCGAAAAAACAGAAACAACCCUCAGUGCAAGAAUCCAAAAAGUCUAGACAAUACGCAGACGAACAACCGAAGAAGUCAAAGAUACUUUCAACUGAGCAGCAGCAGACCAUCGACCAAAGUACAGACACCGGUAGCGUGAAAAGUGUAGUGAAACGGUCGUUCUGUAAGUUCUGCCAACAGUGGAUCAAAAGUGUAGAUAUGUACAGGCACAAAGACAAGCGAUGCAUGAAUUUCGCCUCGAUCAGUAACCAAGCAACGGACUAUUCUUGUGGCUACUGCCGUAAAGGUUUUGGAAAUCGUGAUACACUGGUUGAACAUCAACGCGCGUGUACCGUUCGGAAGUUACACAAACAAGUCAAAUGUCAGCACUGCGGAAUGACGAUUUCUAACAGGGGAAAUUUGCGCAAACAUCAGAAAUUGUACUGCAAGUCUGUGCAACGAACAGAAGACAUCAAGACGGAAGAUAGUGCCGAGGUCGAAUCUCCCAAAAAGCAACCUGUGAAAAAGAUUAAAAUCAAGGAAGAGAAGAAAGAAAACAGUAAAGUGAACUAUUCAAAUCCACCUAAUCAACGGAUAAAAACCGAGCCAAAUGUUCAGCGUAAGGAUAAAAAACAGCAGGAUAUCAAACUGCUUCAUCCUUGUACGUAUUGCAAACGUCGCUUCAAAACGGCCGGUUAUGCUCGCAGACACAUAAAUCAGUGUACCGUGAAAUCCACGUCGAAGGAUUUCACCUGUCGAUAUUGCUCCGAAACUUUCACCUGCAAGAGCAAUAUGUACCGGCACCAACGAGUGACGUGCAAGCGAGGCAACCCGGAAAAGAUAACCGCUAAUGACACUAUCGAAGAUUGUCUCGCUUCAGUUGACAAAAUACUGAGCAGCUCCACUCCUAAGCAAGCACAACAAGACGCAACUGAGCACAAUCGAUUCCUUCUCUUGGGUGAAUUACAAACCGAUGGUAACUCUUUGUCGAAAAGCCCGCUUGAGACCCCAGUGGAGCACGGUGAUAAACAGGAAGAAAACAAUGCAACAGUACUACCAAAAUCCCAAUCCGAAGAAGAGAGGCUAUCGCCGGAACUGCAAAAACAACAAGUACUCGACAACAACAACUCGGAAGAAGAAAAAGAUUCGGUAGGUGAUAUACCUCCAGUGUCGGAACCGGAAAAUCUCCCAAUUGAAGAGAAGAAGGAAAAUCAGGAGAAUGAUAAAGAAGAGGGAGAAAACCAAACUGUUCAUCAGUCUUCUAUUGAGACACAGCAAAGUAACUAAUCUUCAAACGCAGUAAUUAUACAUUUUACCAUAACAUUCGAAAGUGGCAUGUUCAGAGCUUUUUCGAGUUUCAAUUGUAAAUUGAAUUUACAUUUAGUGGUGGUCGUGAUCAUUCAUACCAAGUAUUGAGCAACUGUUAUAUAAUAGAGCUUGACUUUGUGUAUAACUAUGAGAAUAUAUGGAAAUAGAAAAGUA